AUGGUCAUCUCUGAGGGCGGCGGCUUCCCCAAGACUUAUAUGAGNNNNUGUGGUUGGAGCAAGUGUAUGGGUUUACUAUUGAUGCGAUAA